AUGAUUAGUUUGCUCGCUGACUACGGACCCAGGGCAAUUGAAGAGCUUUCUGAAGCGGUCCAAACCCGCAACGAUGUACUAUCACAGCUUUUGCCAUCGAUUGAUUUUAAUAACUUCCCUGGCUUGUCCAAGGAGAAAAUAGAGAAUCUGUGUAAUUUCGAACACCCCGAAUCAUCUUCUCAGCCACGUGCAAACGAUGCCACGCUUCCAUUAAGCGUUUCGAAUCCAGAAACGCUAUCAGAGUCGGAGCACGAAUGGAACGAAUCUAGAGAGCACGACUAUACCUCUCCUAUCGGUGAUGAUGUCGAUGGCCUUGCAUCUCAAGAUAAACAUGGCUCAUACCUAGGUAUUUCCAGUAUCAGUGCGGCUUUGCGACUAAUAUUCUUUGCCUCCCCAACAGCAAAGCAAAAGUUUGUGGAGUUAAGUCGGACCUUUCCGAGGCGUGGACAUAACUCGAUCAUUUCUGGCCACACUACGAGAGGGAGCCAUGUUGAAAUGCUCCUCCCGGGUAACCUUUCGACACCACUCGUUCCCGAGCAGCUUGCCAUUGAUGCCUACUUUGAGCAUCUCCAUGGUACAAAUGCUAUGCUUGACGAAGAGCUGUUCAGAAGAUCGUUCCAAGAGCAGGUGCGGACCGACGAUGCUUGGAUCGCACUAUUCAAUACAGUGGCGGCACUAGGUUCAAUAGCAUCGGGUGACGAGCAUUCUCAUGUUUUCUACUACAGUCGAGCCCAGGCUGCGAUCGGGUACAGAACCUUCGGUACGGGAAAUUUAGAGAUGCUACAGGCAUUGAUACUGCUUGGAGGUGGUUAUCUACACUAUAUUAACUCACCAAACACUUCUUAUCUGAUUAUGGGAGUGGCCUUUCGCAUGGCUAUAGCAAUGGCGCUACAUCGGGAGCCUAGUAGAGGGCCAGUCCAGAGACAUGAUGAGGUAGAAGAGCCAUCUCCAUCAACCCCAGGUGUCCGACGCUUACCGAAGGCUGAAAUCAGACGGCGAACCUGGUGGACUUUGGUAUAUACCGACACCACCUCAAGUCUUGCCCUUGGUCGACCGCCUACCAUACGGUGGGAUCCUGCUACUAUGGAUACUGCUCUUCCCAGCGAUUAUGCUUUAUCUGAAAGCCUGGACACCACUACCAUAACGAACCGUGAUGGCAUUAACACAAUUGACUAUACUGGGACUGCACUUCGAGUUUGUGGAGAAUUCGCCAAGAUAUGCAGCAGGGUUGAGUACAGAAUGGCCCAAUUUUCUCGCAUGGCAGCACGGGAAAUCCUCACUUUCGAGACACAAAUUCAAGCCUGGGAAAAGAACUGUCCCCAGAUCUUCCAGCCCGGCAAUCCAUGUCCAAAAGGAGUAAGAUUCUGCCGUGAUCUUCUUCACUUCCGCCAGCAAGUUGUACGCAUAGUUCUAUCAAGACCGCAUAUUCUACGAUUAAUCGAGGACAACGCAGCGUCCACAACUUUUGAACCAGACGACUGGCGAGUUGUGGCAAUGUGUCAAGAGGCGGGCACUAGCAUGAUCAACAUUGCUAGCGCGAAUCCUGGAAGAAGUCGAAUUGCUGUCUGGCAUUGUUCGUGGCAUCUAUUCCAAGCAUGUAUGAUUCCUCUCCUUUCGUUGAUACUGGCCUCCCGCGGCCAACUUGCACCAUAUGUCAACGAGGAAACGGUGACUGCUUGGAUGGAGAGUCUUGAGAGAGCGAUUCGAACUUUCAGAGAUAUGGAACCCUAUAAAAGAUCGACAGACAGGUAUGGCAGUGUUAUAGAAGCGCUUUAUAAUGGGGUCAUCGCCGACAGAAGCAUGAGCAAUCAACCGACAUCAUCCCUCGAUGGAAUCAUGUCUUCCGGCAUUAGUACAACUAUUUUUGAUAGUCACGAUCUACCACCGAUGGAAGCUUUCCAAGAUUGGUUUAACGCUGAUCUUAUGUUUGGCGCUGGCGACAUAAACUGGCAUUUAUUUCCGGAGGAGUACAUGUUGAGCUUUCCACAGGGAGGCUAG